CUGUUUUUAGAGUGUGCGUUCGGUCGGUCAACACGUGGGGAGGAGAGAGACAAGAGACAUACGGAGUGGGGGAUACGUUGGGAUCGUGCUGGGCCCUAAAUACGUAACAUUAACAUUAUACGAGACAGUUCACAGUGGCGGUGCAAAGGACGCAUAAACACAGUGUAGCUGCUAGGGUCCAGAGGAGAUGCCACUGAGGUUCCGGUCCUUUGUUCCGUAUACGCUUCCUGGAGUGCUGGCGCUCAUAGGCUGGUGGUGGUACAUCUCCCGGAAAAAAGAGCGAAUCCCCAGCCUUGACAGUCAGGAGGGGUCGGCUAUGGGCUUGCAGUCUUCCUCCGGUGAGGGCAGCAAUGGGAUGGUCGACAAAGGCUGUCUCACAGCCAGCAGCACCCACCGUAGGACCAGUCGAGACAAAGUCAAGGCCAAAGAGCACAGACCUGUUGAGCAGGAAGUUGUAGCAGAGAUUCACACACCGGUGCUAAAAGCGACAACGGAAGAGGUUCUUGGCUCUCCCCCGGUCGUGUUGGCAAGCGGACAGCUAAGCACCCCUCAGAGCAAUAGAAAAUCAGCACCCCAAACAAAUGACCCCGAGACCACCAGACAGACAUCUCCGGUCUCAUCUUCGACCCCAACAAAAACUGUGGAGGAGACCUCUCAUCACAAGGGACCAGAGGUAGAAACCUCGAUUCAGUUAUCCCAAGUGAGAGAUUUAGGGACUGCAGCCUCAUUCGAGAAGCAGGCUGAAAAACAACCAGACAGGGAGCGGUCUGCAGGACUGGCCAAGGCAGAGCGACCAGAGCCAGAGGGAGAGGUGGCAACUGAAGCCUCGACCCCAACGUGUAUAAAUAACCUGCCAGGUGACGUGACGGAUAUUGAGCUAGCCUCCAUUACAUCCUCAACGGAGGAUGGAGUUGACAAGCUGGAGACGUCAAAUCUAAAAACACCCCUGGCUUUGGCCACAUUCCCCAACUCUACCAGCACACCCAUCUCGGAAAGCUCCACAGAGGCCCGGCACCACGAAAACGGAGACCUGGGCCUUCAGUCUGAGGCCCGUCCGGACAUACAGGAGCUACAACGUCUAGCGGCAGGGCUGAUCACUGAGGUCAUCUCGGCUGCCACCCAGGAAGUCAUGGCGGUCAGCAGCUGUGAGUCCCGGCACAGCAAGGGCUCAGAGGUGGCCGUCGAUGGCACACUGGCUGUAAACGGAAGAGAAGCCACCAUUGAAACAGAGCUGUGUGUAUCUUUGGAGAGCACCUCCUAUCAAAGCCAUGCAGAAAAUGCACAGGCGGAAGAGGAGAUAGUCAACGGUUGUAUUGCACCCUCACUGUGGAAGGUGCCGGAGAAUGAUGAAAGGAAAGUAAAGAGCGAAGGACAGUCUGUGCCUUUGGAUUUGGCACCGGUUGUGGCAAAGCUCCAGAUAGAGGAAGCCCUCGUCGAAGAUUCGGGAUGUAGCACGUGUCAGUCAGAGGAUGGCGUUAGCAGCGAGGACCUCCACAGCACGGGAUUGUCCUCUGCUGUGUCGGACCUUAUUCAAAUUUCAUGUAGGGCCUCAGAGGGUCAUGAAGAUGGUCAGGAGAGUCUUGUUCUCACCGGCCCUCAGGAGUCCCCGCUUACAGCGGAGAAUGUGGCUGUGGUUUGCGAGGCGGCGCGCUUGAACGGCACGGGUUUUAGAAACGGUGUUAUCAGUGAGGUCGAAGCUGACCAAUCAGGAGGUUCGGAUGUGAAUAGCAUGGAUUCAGUGGACAGCUGUUCCACUUUGGGGAUGGGAGAGAGUCUCACAAGCAGCAGCCAGGCCUGUCAAUCACAGAGCUCAGAGCUCAUUGUAUGGGAGAUUGAGGUGCCAAAGCAUCUAGUUGGACGGCUCAUUGGCAAACAGGGAAGAUACGUGAGCUUCCUGAAGCAGACCUCUGGUGCGAAGAUCUACAUUUCGACCCUGCCUUACACCCAAGAGUUCCAGAUCUGCCAUAUAGAGGGAACCCAACAGCAGGUUGAUAAAGCACUGACUUUGAUCGGGAAAAAGUUUAAGGAUUUGGACCUGACCAACUUGUAUGCUCCACCUCCUCCACCACUAACCCUACCUUCCCUGCCAAUGACGUCCUGGCUUCUUUUGCCCAACGGUGUUACAGUUGAGGUGAUUGUGGUGAAUAUCGUAUCGGCCGGUCACGUGUUUGUCCAGCAACACACUCACCCGACAUACCACGCUCUGCGCAGUCUGGACCAGCAGAUGUUCCUGUGUUAUUCGCAGCCUGGCACGCCAGCGUUGCCAUCACCUGUUGAAGUUGGAGUGAUUUGUGCGGCACCGGCUGUUGAAGGAGCCUGGUGGCGAGCGCAGGUCAUCUCGUACUACAAAGAGUCAAAUGAAGUAGAGAUCCGAUAUGUUGAUUAUGGAGGCUACGAGAGAGUCAAGAUCGACAGCCUACGUCAGAUUAGGUCGGACUUUGUGACAUUACCUUUCCAAGGAACGGAGGUGUUAUUGGACAACAUUGCCCCUCUUCCAGGAGAGGACAGGUUCUCAGCUGAAGCCACUUCUGCACUAGAAGAGAUUACAAGAGGAGUUCCUUUGCUGACACAGGUUACUAACUAUGACAACAAUACAGGACUUCCCUUAGUACACAUGUGGAACAUGGUGGGAGAGGAGUUGGUCCUGCUCAACCGCACUUUGGCAGAGCGAGGUUACGGCACUUGGGUGGACAGUUUCUGAUCCUCCGGUGUUGUUCUCUCGCCCCACCUCUCCUCACUCACUUCUCGGCCCACCUGCCCCUUAUUAUCACCAGUCAUCAUGAAGACCCCCGCAGGUUCUUGCCUCCUCAACCCACCAUGUGCUCCCCUGCAGCUCGUAUCUGAAGUGCAGGAAAAUUCUUUCUUCUGUUUGCUUUCCCUCCAUCACCUUGCGUUUUCUUUACCUGAUUUUCUAUCCCCCUUUCGUAUGAAAUCUGCCUACUGUAAAAAAAAGGAAACGAAUAGAGCCGAGUGUCUGAACACCAAUAAGCACUGAAGACGUUCCUUGUGCUCUUGUUAAUUUCAAAUCUUGUAACUAAAUAAAGGUUAAUCAUGUUUUCCGUCCGACCAGACUCCUUCCAGCACAAACCCAAUCGGAUUAUGCCGCGGAUGAGUAAUCUGUACUUUGAGAUGAUAACUUAAAGUGAUGUAAUCUUGGGACUGCUUGACAUCAUGUAUGCAUUUGUUAUCACAGCGAUGAGAAAGCUGUGCUUCUGUAAGGAAUGAAUCAAGAAGGGACAAACUACCACACCACCCAAUAAUCCAUCACAAUGUCUGUCUGUACAACAGUGUGGCCUUAGAAAGGAUACGAACCCGCUUCUCGCUGCACCACGCGCCGGACUCUCGGAGCGAACGAGUCUGACAGCCGCCAUCGGAUUUGAGCUCUUGCAGGGUUCUUGAUUUACACUGAAUACAGACAUCUGCGCCCAUCUGACCUCUGGGAUCUUUUGAGAAGGAGUCUAAAGCCCUCGAGCAACACUAGAGAUUGAACGGUGCUGUAAUACAAAGCGUAAAAGCCCAUGCUGACCCGAUGAAAACCUCUGGCCUGAAGGAACUGCUACAGAAACUGUGACAGGGACGCGGGCCUUCCCUUAUGCUUACAAUGAAUGGGUCCGUAUGAGGUUUUGUAUGCAUGUUAUUAUGCUCCAGAGCACGUCUUUGGCUCACUGUCCACGCUUUGCUUUCGUCUCGCUCGUGUCUCCAAUCAUGUCAAGCUUGAACCACGAUAUUCAUGUCUACGGUAACAUUCGCAUACUGUAAAUAAAAUGACGUCCAUCUCCAAAAACCCAUCCACCCUCCGGAUUGGCUAAAACACCUGUCUUGAAUAAGAAAGCUUUAAGCCUUAAUGCUUUAUGUUGGCUUUGCAAUUAGAUCUGCUGUAUUACUGUAAUUUGUUUAAUAGAAUAAUGAUUAUAAAUGUUUUCACUGAUUACGGUUAAAUUUAGCUUUUGGCCAGGAUUCAUCCCUGUUUCGGCUGCGGGAACAUCUGUACCGUAAUAUCUUCAGACUCUUGAAUGUUUAAGAUCGUCCCUGUUCGGGACAUUCCCAGGCUUUUAGUCUGGUUAGAGAUUGAUUUGAUUUUUAGCAUCAUGCACAUGCUUGUGUUUUCCAGUGUCACUUCAAAGCCCUUAGUAAAUGCAAUUACAUUAAUUUUGCAAAACAAAGAAAUCUGUCACUGCAUAUUUUGGCUAUUCUAGACGAAGUCGAAAAUGAAUUUACAUCCUGAUGGUAAUAAAAAGAGAGCUUCGUAUACAUAAACUGACAGCAUCGAAAAAGUAAAGUCCUCUAACAGAUGUAAACAUCACUACACAAUAGGAGCAAACUGUCCUAUUUCCACUAUACUAUGUAUUUUUGCGAUAUUUCACGAGAUUGAGGUUUUAAGAUGUCUUGCAUCCAUCUCAGGUAUGAGCUCUUUAUUUGCGUUACAGGACGGUUAAUCAUUUUCAUUAAGGAAUUGUGUACUUCAUGACCUGUGGCAGUGUGUACAGCCGGUUUAAGGUUUUCCCUGUAUGUCUACAUGCACUAAAGUAUACUUUAAAAAUG